AUGCCUCAGUCAGCAGCAAGCCAACCAAUUCCAAUCCCCGUUGGAGUUAUCCAUCAGCCACACGUUGCCGCUGCCACGACUGCCAGCGCUCCUCUUCCCGCUGCUCCCGACUUGCAGCCAGCACCGCUACAUCCAUCGUUAUCCCAACCGGUUCAGAGUCAGUCUCAAGUUGUCGCUCCUUUACCUGUGCGUCCUGUCAGUCUCCCGAGAUUUGGACCCCGUGUCCCCAAGACCGAAGAGCAACGCCUCGAAGAAGGUCGCUUGCCCCUCGUCAUGGAGCAUGAAGAGAUGCCAAUGCAUCGUCCGAGCGGCGGCUCUUCUUCUGGAUCUGAUGAAGACGCCAUCCCGUCAUCUGCCUAUGCGUAUCCUACUACUUCUUACGACAACCCUGAAGGCCCCGUAACCUACACUCCUACCUCCUCCAUCUCGGCGUAUACACCCUCGACGGGAUUUUCGUCGGGUCUAUCCUCUUGGGGCUCCUAUGGACCAAGACCAAGAGGCGGGAGCGGAGGACCUCAGAACAUGGACCGAUCUUUCUCGGAGAGCGCUCAGAGUGCAAUUUCAGAUCUGCGAGGCGCAAGGCCUGGCGCUCCUCUCCGGACACCUUCGAACACCUAUGCACCUCCACGGAAACCUCCCCAAUUUCUGUCGCUGAAUUCUAAGAGAAUGCAUUCGUCAAAUACCAUGCGGAGCACGAGGAGGGACCCGAAUGCGCAGUACAAGGCGCAGGAGAAGGCUUACGUACAGCGAGUCCGGCAACAACCGCAAGAUUGGCUUGAUAAUGAUCCUCGAACACCCAGUAUUGGAUACAGUACGGAUGACGAGACCGACGACGAAUCGCCGUCAGGCGAACACGCGUUCGACGAUCCGUACGAUCCGGAAACACUAAUGUUCUUGGGCAACGAGGAAAACCUCCAGCCGACAGAGGAGGAACUGCAGAAUUCCGAGAACAGAGAGCGACUCGAGUGGCAUUCGAUGCUGGCCUCUGUGCUCAAGGGUGAUGUGGUCAAGCAGGAAAAACAAAGGCUGAUUGGCACAACCGAGCAGAAGAGCAAUGCGGAAUUGGGCGCCGAGAUCUGGCUGGGUGCAAGAGCAAAAUAUUACGGUCGGCCGUUGCAGAUGCAGAAGAAGCUUAUAGAAGAAGGCCGCGCACACAUCGGGCCCAUCAUCGAACAAAUUAUCGCCUUUGAAAUCAAGGGUGAGACGGUGGUGGGCAAGUCACCACUGGAACAAGUUGAGGAGGCAGUGGCAAACAUCGAGAAGUGCGAAUGGCUAUAUCCUUCGCGGAGGGAACUCGAAGCUGCCCAGAGCAGAGCUGCCUCUGAUGCUUUCAAACAAAGUUGCGACGCCAUCAUCUCCUGGCACAACAUCACGCAAUCCAUCAACACAGAGCUUGCUGUCCUUCAGGCUUGGGUGGGGAAUUCCGAGUUGGAUUUUACCAGGCAAAAACGUCGGUCCAGCAGCGACGGCGACCUCUCGGACGAAUCCUCAUUCAUCGACCGGAUCCUCAAAGAGGAUGGCCUGAAAUCGCUUCAGGGUGAUAAAAGCAUGUUCCUGGCGAUUAGCGAGGUCAUCACGAAGGCCAAGAGCACAUUGAUUGAGAACGCGGAGGCCUUUGCCGCCCGCCAUCUUCCUCCUUACAUCGAGGAGCUCUUGACUCUGAUCAACUUCCCUUCUAGGUUAAUCCAGGAGAUUAUCCGUAUGCGGUUGUCCUAUGCGAAGAAGAUGAAAGAGUCAGCACAGCAGUCCGUGAUGAUCAUUGACCAGAUGAUUGCACAGUUUCAGAUUCUCAUGCGCCUCGCUUGCCUCAUCAAGCAAGAAUACCUCACAAUGGCGCAUCCCGAACCAGGAUGGGAUUUGCCUCCUUGCAUUGACGAAAACUUCGACAAGGUCAUUGUGGACGCCCUCAAGUUCUACUUUAAGAUGCUGAACUGGAAAUUGGGUGCGAACAAGAACACAUUCCGCGAGGCUGAGAUUCUCGAACAGGAAUGGGGUUUUUCCAACGAGAUAGGACGUCAACUUGAAGGUGGCGAUAUUGAGGUUGCGGAGCAAUUCAGUUCUCUCACUGCCAAGUCGCUCCUUCGCCUCACUGCCUCAUUCGAGCGAGAGCUGCGAAGCAAACCGGACGAGAGUCCCCAGGAAAUGGAGAAACGGUAUAAAGCAAUUCUGGAUUCCGUCCGUGUUCGACAACGGAAAUUGUUCAGAUUCUCGCGGAUUCUGCGGCAAAGAUUCGAAAACGCGACCGAGUUCAACGUGGGAAUGGGUGCAGAGCAGCUACAGGCAUUUGCCGAAGCCCUUGUUUUGUCUGGACACUUCCUUGUGGAACCGAGCACAAAUAGUCCCAAAGGUAUUCACUUUGUGGCUUCGGCGUCGCUCUGGAACAGGCCCAAGGAAAUCCAAUCAAUGCUGGGCACAUCAUUUCAUGAGGAUGAUGCGGCGGAAGAUCCCUCAAAUCCUUACAUUUUGAUCAUCAGACCAGAGGAUGACAUGACAUGGGAAGGACCCAGAAUGGAGCUUGGCGCCCUGGAAUUGCCUACUGACGUGCGACUCGGUAGACUGCGUCUCGUGGCCGACGGAUCGUCACUUCGCCUUCAAGGUGCUCGCAUGGAAUUUGCCAAUGCUAUUGGCAGAGAGUUGGACGUGGUCAUCGAACAGCGAGCCAACUUAUCUCGGGUGAAUCUUGAGCUUGGAAAAAUAAAGAAGACAACUUUCAAAUUGUCCAAUACGAUUAUGGAAAGUGUGGAGGUGAUUCGGUCGCAGAAUGGAGGGAUCGCCAGUCCAGAGUUGGUGCAGUCUUGUUUCGCCUUUGCAACUGAAUUUGGCAAACGUUCUCUGACAUACAUGGAUGCCAAUCGGCGCAUGAUGAACAAUAUGAAACUUACUCGACUCGCUUUGGAUUGGGUCAGCUUUAUCUGCGACGAUUGCGAUGCGGCUGACCGAAGGACCUUCAAGUGGGCAGUGGUCGCAUUGGAGUUUGCGAUGGCGAUGACACGCGGCAGAAAUAUUCUGGACAUCACGGACGAGGACUACAAACGCAUCAGAGUUAAAGUGGCGGGCUGCAUGUCUGUGUUGAUCUCUCACUUCGACAUUAUGGGUGCGAGAUCAACCUUGGCCGCGCAGCAAGAGAAAUCACGGAUGGAGGCAUUGACGGGCAUGAACAAGAGAUUGGACUACAACAAGUUGCGUAACGACGAGGAUUGUCGCAAUGAAAUGUGCCAGCAGAGACUGGCCGAGCUCAGUGCCAUCGACCAGGUUCGCGAGGAACGAGGCACCAAGACCACUCUUGGACGGGUUUUGGAGGGCUCGAACGAAGCUGACCGGUCACUCACAUUCCUCUCUUCGUCGGCGACAAACAUCACCAUGCGGUGGCAACAAGGUCAAUUCGUGGGCGGCGGCACUUUUGGCUCAGUGUACGCGGCCCUCAAUCUCGAUACAGGAACUUUGAUGGCCGUCAAAGAGAUCCGUCUGCAAGACCCGCAGUUGAUUCCAACCAUUGUCAAGCAAAUUGGAGACGAGAUGGGUGUCUUGGCCGUUCUCGAUCAUCCCAACAUUGUGUCCUACUAUGGCAUCGAAGUCCAUCGCGACAAGGUAUACAUCUUUAUGGAAUAUUGCUCCGGUGGUUCGGUGGCUGGCCUGCUCGAACAUGGACGGAUAGAGGACGAAACCGUCAUCAUGGUAUACGCGCUGCAAAUGUUGGAAGGAUUGGCUUAUCUGCAUUCGGCACACAUUGUGCACCGAGACAUCAAGCCAGAGAACGUUCUCUUGGAUCACAAUGGUGUCAUCAAAUACGUCGAUUUUGGUGCCGCAAAGAUAAUUGCGCGACAAGGACAAACGAUGAUGGCUCCAGAGGCACCACAGCGCGCCAACGGCGAUCCUGGUCAGCUUCCACGGCAGCCACAGAAGACAAUGACGGGAACACCAAUGUACAUGUCACCUGAAGUAAUUCGCGGGGAUGGACCAGCAACAUCACGUUUCUCUGGAGCCGCCGACAUCUGGUCAUUGGGAUGUGUGAUUUUGGAAAUGGCAACUGGCCGUCGGCCUUGGUCGACAUUGGAUAAUGAAUGGGCCAUCAUGUACAACAUUGCUCAGGGUAAUCCGCCGCAGUUGCCCACCGAAGACCAGUUGAGUCCGACGGGGAUCGACUUCUUGAAGAAGUGCUUCGAACGCGAUCCCGCAAAGAGAAGCUCGGCGGCUGAAUUGCUGCAGCACCCUUGGAUCGUGGAGAUUAGGCGGAUGGUGGUUGAUGACCCUGACGCUCAGACGCCCAGGAGCGAGAGCAGCGGAGGCGUGUCACUCCCAAGCCGGCAGAACUCGAUAGCAUCGUCGUGA